GUUAAACCACGUGACGUGUGUUUACAUCCUCUCAGCUGCUUCUGCUUCUUCUUCUUCUUCUUCACUUCGACACAACGGCUCGCCGUUAUUAGUUUACCUUUACAUCCGAACCAGCUUAGCACAGUUCACUAGCAGUUUGCCUUUAAAAGGAGGCUGCUAACGUCUGAAAGUCACUGACCGUCGCAUUGCACAGAACAUCCAGUUACAAGGAGUAAGUAAAUGCGACACGGCAUUGUUGUCACUUGCUGCCUGGACAUGACCGAAGUCUAAACUCUGACCCUCGAGGAGUCACAGCGGCAGCAUCCUUUAGGUCAGCCGUUCAUCUCCAUGCCACUCUGAGGAGGAAUCACUCAUCCUGAGUACGUGUUUGGCCCUUGUUUCCUCUUCUCUUUUCACCAUGGGGGGAGCCGUGAGCGCUGGGGAGGACAAUGACGACCUCAUUGAUAAUCUGAAGGAGGCCCAGUAUAUUCGCACAGAAAAAGUUGAACAGGCUUUCCGAGCCAUAGACCGUGGUGACUACUAUCUGGACGGCUACAGGGACAGUGCCUACAAAGACUUGGCGUGGAAGCAUGGAAACAUCCACCUGUCUGCUCCGUGUAUAUACUCUGAGGUGAUGGAGGCCCUCAAACUGCAGCCUGGACUUUCUUUCCUCAAUCUGGGCAGUGGAACUGGUUACUUGAGCACAAUGGUUGCCCUUAUCAUAGGGCCAUUUGGUGUGAACCAUGGAGUUGAGCUCCAUAAGGACGUAGUUGAAUAUGCCAGAGAGAAACUGGAUGAUUUCAUAAAGAAUAGUGACAGCUUUGAUAAGUUUGAGUUCUGUGAACCCGUCUUUGUGGUGGGGAAUUGCCUUGAAAUCUCAGCAGACAGUCACCAAUACGAUCGCAUCUAUUGUGGCGCAGGAGUGCAGAAAGACCAUGAAAAUUACAUGAAAGUACUGCUCAAAAUUGGAGGCAUUCUGGUGAUGCCUAUAGAGGAUCAGCUGACCCAGAUAACCAGGACUGGUCAGUGCACAUGGGAGAGUAAAAACAUCUUGGCGGUGUCCUUUGCCCCCUUGGUCCAGCAGAGCAGAGCUGAUGGAGAGAAGCCUGACGCUGUCCAGCUGCCCCCAGUGACUGUCCGCAGCCUUCAGGAUCUGUCUCGGAUCUACAUACGCCGCACUCUCAGAAACCUGGCCAAUGAGGAUAGUCAAGGGAAGGGGAUGGUGCAAAGAGUUCCCCAGAAGCGCAAACGCAGGCGCUGCCGACGGCGACGCAUCAACACCUACGUUUUUGUAGGCAACCAGCUGAUCCCUCAAAUGGUGGAGAGCGAGGAGGAGGAGCAGCACGUUGAGGAAGAACACAAGGAAGUGGAGGAGGAGGAAGAGGAGGAAAGAGACCUUGGCGACAUUGAAAUCCUCAAGCAAGUGAGCGUGUUGAGAGACCAAAUAAUGGCUUUACCGCUGCCUGAGUCACUUAAAGCAUUUUUGCUGUAUUACAGAGAGAAAUGACUGAUGAACUUGAUGUCCACUCUUAACGGGUGCAGGGCCUGCUGAAAUGCUUUUUCCUCUUUUCAGUACAAAUGUAGCAUUAUUUCCAUUAAAUCUUGAUGGCAAAACUGUAACGGAAAGAUACGUCAGAUAAUAUUGGAUAAUAAUGUUAUGAUUGUCACGAGUUGUUAGUUUUUGUUGACAAUUUUCUUUUGAUAUGUUAAAAAAAAAAAAAGGACAUAGUUUCAGAAGCCCAUUUUGAGAUUCAGAUUUCACAAUUUCAGGACUUCUGCAGAAAUGUGCAGAUAAAAAAACAUUGUAUAAUAAACAAAGUUCUUUUUUGUUAAAAUAUGAUCAUGCAAAGAUGACAACUUUUAUUGUUUUUUUUGUUGUUUUUUUUAGAAGCUUUAACUUACUAUCAAUGUCUGGGGAUUUAAUGAUCACCAGAAAAGAAGCAAAAAGACAAAUAAGGCCAGACGUCCUCCCAUUUUGAGUUAAAGAGACAUCCUUGCAUAAUCAUAAAUUACGUCAUUACUCUUCUUGAUAUUUCAUUUUCGGUCCGUGUGUUUUGUACCUUCCUAUUACAAGAAAUCAUUGAGAGACUAGAUUGGUUCAUUUUUUUCUACAGGGCACCUUUUUGAUGUAACUUUUUCUACAGGGUGGUAAUGUGUUUCCUCAGUUUGCAUAUGAAUAGCAUACUUGACAUCCUACUUGAUAUAAGAUGUUGUAGACCAUCUCCAUGGUUUCCCCCCCAUUGUUGAUGCAAAUAGAAUUAUUAGUUUAAUUAUAUCAGAGGUUUGGAAUAAUGAUAGAACUGAUUACGGGUGUUCAGUGGUGGUUCACAUUUUCAGCUUUGUUUUAGAGCGGACUGGUAAUGGGGAGAUUUCAAUAAUGCAUGAAUAUACUGUAUAUGUGUUGGGUGUUCCUGACUUUACUUCACAUCUUAUGCUUGGUCACUGGAGGUGAUGUCCCAAGUGAUCAAGUCUGAAAAUGUUUUGACAAAAGGAGAAAAUAAAUAAAUAAGGAUUUUAAGAAUAUUUAUCAUUUUAAUGGCCUUGAGACAAAUCUCAAAUAGUAAUGUUUUUUAUACAAAUGAAAAACAGAAUCGCUUUGGAUUUUAAAGCCUUUUAUAUCCUGGACUGUAGAAGUGGCCAACGAAGCACCUUAGUCUGCAGUCCUCAAAACAAAACAAAAAAAACUAAAAAAAUCAAUUGUAUUGUGGACUGGACAUGUUGUAAUGUAAAUCCUCUUUAAUCAAAAGUACAAUUUGCUUGCAGAACUUGCCUAAUAGUGGUGGCUUUUAAGUGCCAACAUACCCCAUCACAUUAGGACUUCUGUGAGUUUUUCGUGGCACAAUAAAUUUACCCAAGCGAUGGUAUAUUUCUACAAAAAUCAUUCCACAGUGGAAAAAAAAAAAACAGCACAUCACUGAUAGAUGUCACACUUUUUCUUCAUGCUUUACGGUCACAGACUUUGGAGAUUUUGUUCAUCUUACUUUGAAUGCAUCAUUUAGUAUUCCAAAAGCUGAGUUGAAUGUUGUUGAUAUAAUUAUAUUCAAUAUAAAAGUGAUAUGUAUGUAUUGUUAUGAUUCUGCAUACAGUUUAAUUUGCAUUUGAUUUGUUGUAGCGCCCUCUUGCUGUACUGUAUCUUGACACUGGGAAUUCUGUAGAUCAAAACUCCACUGCUGUCUGUUAAAUAGAUAAGAUAUUAGUGCUAUAGGUCUUAAUUUUGUUCCAGUGUAAUGAAAAAUAUUUGUUUUGAAAACGGGAGUGAUUAUUCUAUUAGUAGUUUUUUUUGUGAAGAGGUGACAUUUAUUUUCCGUAAGUUUUUUUAUUUUUUCUUUUACAUUCAUCGGAAAGCUUUGCAAAUAAGCAAUAAUGGAUUCAUUUCUCAGCUUAUAAUUACCUAGAACAACAUAGUCCCAUUUGAUUUAUGUUGUAUCCAUUAAAAUUCUCAUGACCAAUUACAGGCAUUCAACAGUUUAUAUACCAUUAUCUAAAAUGUAAUUAGAGAGCACAUUAAGUAUUGAAAGCAGGGGACCUACAACCUCGACACUCAGGUCACGCCUUGCACCAAAGUGAAUGGGACUGCUGCGAUUCCGUUUAAUGUGGACGAGAUUCGACUACAAAAAUGGCACCCAGUAAAGACUAAGCCCUAAUCAGUUCUGUGCUUUUAUAUUAAGCUAAUCAGGCCUAGGUUGAUUUUAUAGUGUGUGCAGUUCAUUUAAAAAAUGUGUUUCUCUGUAAAUGUUUGGCAAAAAAUAAAGGUCAAAAUCACAUUAUGCCUCUUCUAA